AUGAGACUUCUCCUACUCAACGCUCUUCUACCCUUGGCUCUGGCCGCUCCAGCAGGCAAACCCAUCCCAGAGCUGUCCACUCAGCAGUGGAACUCGAUCCAGUCCUCAUUCAGUGAUGGCUUGCGAUCACUCUCACAAUGGUCAUGGGGUGCCGCCGAAGGACUCGUAGCUGAGAUCGAAGGAAUCAAGCACCAGGACGAUGACGAGACUCAAAAGACCAUCUGGCAACAGUUGAAGGAGGAUACCAACUCCUUCUCCCGACUGGUCAAGGUCAUUGAGUUCGAAGGAGAAUCUGCUAAGUACCUCGAUGACAAGGACUUGCAAAUCACUUUCUUUGCACCCAACAAUGACGCUCUCACCCCACCCAAACAUGGUCAUCACGAUCACGAUGAGCUCAUCGAGGAACUUUCAAAGAACCCAUCGCUUGACUUGCUCUCGGCUGCCCUCGAAUCGGAUGCGUCGUUGUUGAAAGACGACGACGACGACGAUGAUGAUGACGAGAAGAAGAAACGGUGCAAAGAGAUAUUCAAAAAGAUCGCCGGAAAAGUCCUGCAAUACCACGGACUGGCCAAAGCGUAUACCGCACAGGAACUUGCACAGAACUCUACCGUCGCCACUGUCCUCAAAGCUGACGAUGGGAGUUAUGGUGGUUUGCACCGUCGAAUCAGGAUUGAGAAAAGUCUGCUACCGCCUUCCUUGAAGAUCAACUUCUACUCCCGAGUUCUCGUGUCGGACAAGAAGGCACGCAACGGUUACUUCCACACCCUCAACCAUCCACUCAUUCCACCACCUUCCAUCUUCGAAGAAUUGUUCCUCUUCCCUGACGAGUUCUCUACUUUCACCUCUGCUGUCCAAGGUGUUCACGGCCGCAAAUACAUUGAUUGGCAUUAUGACCAUGAAGCGUCCAAAGACGGCGACCCUCAGUUCUACGGUACAGCUCUCACCACCGUCUUUGCCCCUAAUAACAAGGCUUUCCUCGCUCUUCCCUUCAAAUUGAAACUCUACCUCUUCUCUCCCUUCGGUCGACACGCUUUAGUCAAAGUUCUCGCAUACCACGCUGUCCCCGACACGCUUCUGCUGUCUGAGCUUCUCUACAAGGAAAAAGCCAAGGAGGAGCUCUGGGGUGGAUCAGGUUCCGACCCGAGCUUCCACAAGGAGUUCAUCGUCAACUCGGCUUUGCCCAAUGCCACUCUCAAAGUCGAGGUCGACAAGACACAAUUGCUCCCCAUCGAAGGAGUGGUAAAAACCACUAUCAAAGUUAACGAUCAACUUGUGGAGGUGAUCGAUGUGCCUGCCCGUAACGGUGCGACGCAUGUGAUUGGAAAGUUACUCGUGCCGCCGCAUAAGCAUCAUGACGACGACGGGAAUGACGUGUCGGGUGAGGACGAUUGGGAGAACUGGGAGGAUUGGGUUCCCAGCUGGGCCGACGAGCGAAGAAAAGCAGCAGCAUCAUGUAUCACAAAGCAGGAAAGGGGCCGGGUCAUAAAGGCUACCCGUCAUUCUUUAGAAAGAAAUGCAAGAGCAGGACCUUCCCGGCAUGGCCUUCAGCAUCGUAGACGAUUCGCGACCUCUGCCUCAACUACGUCGAUGCCGCUGCUGGUGACCGAGCUGGCAAACCAAGAUCCUUACAGACGAAUAGGGUUUGAACCAGCUUUGAUGGUACUUGCGAAAGGGGGUCCGGAAAGACUUUUGGAAGAGACUUUCCCCGAUAUGAUAUCCGCUACACCUUACCUGAUACCCUUUUGGACCCUCACAUUCAUCUUUCAUACCACACGAUGGUAUCAACAUCGUCAAACUGGUAAUCCGCCCAUCGGUAAUCCUACACGGAUGUAUCGGUGUCAUGUGGGGUUUGCUAUCGCUGCUGUGCACAAGGAUCAUUGGUGUAGCGGUUUAGUCCUCCAAGAAGAUGUCGAUUUCCUUUCCAUCAAACAAAGAGCACCUGCUACCUCCAUGUCCCACUCCCCAGCAUGUUACAUUCCUCAACCUCUUUCUCCACCUCUUUUCGACCCGAUAUGGGACCCGGAAACCGCUCCUAUGUUCGCUUACGCCCCUCCAAUCCUGACCGAGGGAGAAGCGUCGAGAUUCCUCAAUUUGCAAAGUAUCGGGGAUGAUGAGUAUAUAACGAGAUAUAAAGUUGAAUCCCCUUAUGAAAUGUACGCUAUUCCAACUUAUCGUCUGGCAUAUGAGGUGAUCACUCAUACUGGCAAAUCCUUUCUGGACAGUCAGUUGGGAGAAGUCUUUUCCAUCAAAUCUUCAACAGAACGAGCUGCAUCGGAUUCUCUAUCUUGCAUGAAAGAAGUCACCCGCUUAGCUCACAAACGUCUUCAAAAGGAAGAUGAUAAUCAAGAUCCGGCAACUAUCGGACAAGUCGUCGGCUUUUGGUAUCCGGAAGGUCGGAGUGCGGAAGCGGUUGAUAUUAUCCUUGCUGCAAUGCAGAGGAAUAAGACUCCUAUGGCCACUGCUUCGUGGGAGAACGGCAGGAUAAUGUCUGCUUUGAUGGAUUAUAAACAUGAUAUGUAUACCAUUAGUUCAUACGCCGAUUCUCGUUCCAGAGGUAUCGUACUCGAUUCUCCUUGGUACCCUACCCAAAGACAACCUACACAUCCAUCUUCCCGUCCCCCACAAGCGUCUCCACUUAGACCAAGCGCAAGAUUAGGAGCUUCACGAUCAACAACAUCCACUUCUCCACUCAAUCAACCAAACGCUCGAACUCAACCUCAUUCUCAAGCCAGACCUCAGGCCAAGGUCAGAUCAACACGAAUAAGGAUCCGACCUGUUCCCCAAUCCCCAGCCUUGAGGGACGUCAAAGGUCAUUAUAGGACUCUUGGAUUGGCAUUGACGAUUGAUAAUCUUGACCCUCAAAAAGAGACGGAGAUCAAUAAGUUGGUCAAGCAGAGAUUCUUGGCAUUGAGUAUCAAAAGUGAUCAUCCUGAUCGACUGGGACUACUCUCAGAGGUAUCUUUUAACGCUAUCAGAGAAGCUCAGGAGCAAUUGGGGACUUUAAAAGCACGACAAGAGUACAGCGUUCUUAAAGAAGUAAAUCAUGUCACGAAAUGAUGAUCAAGAUAUCGCAACUUUUCAUAGAAUAGAGGAACCUUGAUGAUCUUUCUUCUCUCUCAUUCAUGCAAAAAUACCUUGC